ACGCGGUGGAAAAGGCUUAACUUAUCUAUUGACGUGAUUUACUCGUUGAUAAAUAGCGGUUAAGGGCAGCACACAUAACUGAGUACCUGACACUAGAAUACAUUUUUCACUCCGCAUACUGUGACGGUCUGAGCAUAGCAGUGCUAGCAGGGACAGCUAGCAGGGACAGCUAACUUACCCACACAGCGGUGGAGUUGUUACCACUAGCCGCUGUAGCUCAAUAAUGGCAGGGGCAUCGGUCGUAAUAUGAUAUUUUACCCACUUCACCUAUUAAUUGCUAUCUCCAUCGAGUAACUACCCUUAAACUUAACUUGCCUAACAGAAAAAAUGGCAAGUACUGUGUUGGAGGUGGGUACGGGCGUUUUCGUCAUUGCGGUCGUUUGGAUUGCGGCACUUGUGUUUGGGAUGAUGCUGCUGAGAGCGUCUGGAUCAGCAAAGUUAGGAGUUAUCCCCGUUUUUCUCCUGGCUCUGACCAUCACUCUGGCUCUGGUGUUUUUCCCUCGCAGCCCAGAGACAACUCCCCCUUUCAAAGAGAUAGAGAUAAUGGACACUUUGUUCAUCGGCCGUUACGUGCUCCUGGCAGUGGUGAGCGCUGUCUUUCUGGUGGCGUUCUUCAUGCUGCUCCCCUUUCAUUUCCUGGAGCCAGUCUAUGCCAAGGCUUUAAGAACGCACUAGAGCUGCCAGGGUCAGAGUUGGCACCAGGAUCACAUCACUGAUGUAUACAACUUAAGACAAACAGGGCCUGGCGAGCCCCCCCCCUCCCACCCCCCCACCCCCCCCUUCCUUCAUGUGGAAACAGACUACAGAAUGCAUCCCAAACACAAACAGCAGGAGAGCUAGUGUUUUCUGCAUGGCCAACUGUUUACUGGUUGUUGUCUCUUUAUGCACAUCCAACAGAAAUGAGAUAUCCAAAGGUAACAGUGUUUAUUUAUAUGUAUUGUUUUGGAUCAUUUAAUACAUGAGACGAUUAAAUAGUUCUUAUUUGAUGGUUGUAAAGUGCUAAAAAAAUUAGCCAGGCAACACUGAAAUACUCCGUCCAAGCCAAAUACUUACAGGGCCACAAUGAUUUAUUUUAAUUUUACUACUCAGCCUCCUAAUAUGCUGCUUCCUGAAGCACUGUCAAGAUGUUUGGUUAUGGUGGCAGUGACAGUAUAUGAGGCACAUUUAACACACAGUGACCCAGUGUGCUAAGGGAAAGUUGUUCAUUAAAAUUCCAAAUGCAUCUUAUGUGAUGUCCCAUUGAACACCUGUCUGAGAGCUGGAGGUUGUAUUAGUGUCUCUCAACCUGGUUUAACUGAUCAACAGUGUCAGUGAUAUAAUCUGAAUGGUGCCAAUAAAUA